GAGGGUAUAAAUGCGUGAAGUUCGGCUGGAUGCGGUGAUUCAGACAGAGCGGAGGAAACCACCAGCUCAGCGACAACAACAACGAUAAUAACAGUAAUAAUCCAGUUAUUGAUCGGAUCCAUCGAUCAGGUUCUGCUCAGCAAACUUUCCUCUGAAGAUUUUAACUUUCUUCUCCAGAAACUUUGAAUAUUUCUGUUCAGAGGCGGCCAUGAUGGCGGUCAUGUUGGCCACGCCCCCAGCGCUCUACGACUUCGACUCCAUGCAGCCAUGUUUCUUCCUGGGUGGAGACGAUGAAGACGUCUUCCCCAGCCAGCUCCAGCCCGGUCCCGGCGAGGACAUCUGGAAGAAGUUUGAGCUCCUGCCGACCCCCCCGAUGUCCCCCAGCCGGACCCCACCCCGUUCGGACCCGCCGCUGUCUGCCGCAGACCACCUGGAGGCGCUGUCGGACCUGCUGGACGAGGAGCUCCGCCCCUCUGCCGCGCUGCAGUCCUUCAUCAUCCAGGACUGCAUGUGGAGCAGCAGCUUCGCCGCAGCCGCCAAGCUGGAGCGGGCCGUGUCCGAGCGGCUGGAGUGCCUCCGGGCCCGGCAGAACCCGACCGGCACCAGCGGGCUGGCGGCUGGUUCUGAUGCACGGGAAGAGACCGGAUACCUGCAGGACCUGCAGAGUGUGGCGGCGGCGUGCAUCGACCCCUCUGAGGUGCUCCCCUUCACACCGACGGGCCAGAACCAGGAACAGAACCAGAACCAGGACCUGAACCAGGCCCACAACAAUAGAGUGGCGAUGGAGGUCGGGUCAGAGUUGAGUCUGGAGACACCGCCGCUCAGCAGCAGCAGCGAAUCAGAGGAGGAAGAGGAGGAUGGUGAGGAAGAAGAGAUUGACGUGGUGACGGUGGACAGACGGAGGACGUCCCAUCGGUCCCCUCUGGUCCUCAAACGCUCCCUCAUCAACAUCCAGCAGCACAACUACGCCGCCCCACAGCCUGCUGGGAAACGGCCCAAGCUGACAGAGAGCCCGGCGAUGUCGCCGUUGGCAACGGCGGCGAAGCAGCGGUGCGGCGGCCGGCGCUGCUGGAGCCCGCGGUCGGACGACGAGGACGAGGACCGACGCAGGACUCACAACGUGCUGGAGCGGCAGCGGCGCAGCGAGCUGCGGCUCAGCCUGCUGGCGCUCAGGGAGCAGAUCCCGGCGCUGGCCGCCAACCCCAAGGCGGCCAAGGUGGCCAUCCUGCAGGGGGCGACGGCGUUCAUCCAGGAGGCGCGGGCGGAUGAGCGCAGGCUGCUGAAGAAGAAGGACGAGCUGACGAAGAGGAGCAGGGAGCUGCAGCGGCGCCUGGAGCGGCUCCAGACGCUACAUUAACCGCUAAACGGCUUUUAGCUAGUUUUCAUGUUGGAAACGGAGGCGGAGCUUAGAGAGUCAAAAUGACUGCAGGACAGAACCGGGUUCUAUCAGAACCGCCGGGUCAGAACUUUUAUUUAUUUACUCUAAUUUAACCUAGCUGUGUUUAAUUUGACCUCCUUCUGUUGUGAAAUGAUUUUAUUUUUAUAUUUUAUUGAAAUCAAACAUGUCAAAAUAAAAGCCCUGCUUUGUUUGGACCAGAGGUUCUGUUUUGCUUUGACCCGUUUCCUGUGAACCGGGUCGGAUUCACUGGAGGAGAAUUUCUGAUGUCAUUCCUGAGGGAUGAACUCAGGAAUGAAUCCGAUCCGCUGAGCCACUUUCCUGGAAUUUAUUCCUCCUAUGUUCCGGGUCGAUCCGCGGUCCAAUCAGACGUUUCCUCUGAGGUCCAGUUGGCCCGGUUCCUGUCAUUGUGUCAUCCAGGACCGUCUGACCUGGAAGCAGAGGCCCGGUCGGUUCUGGUUCUGUUCCCAGUGAAGUCAGAGGGAAAACUGGGUGAAAGUUCAGCUCCGGUCCGAUUAGGGUCCGGAUCCGGGAGUCACAGAACCAGGCCGGUUCUGGGUUCCUGGUCCGAAACCCAGAGAUAAACUCCAGGAAUGAAACAGUUUCCAUCAUUCAGGGAGAAAUUAACCCUUUAACUGCUUUACUGACAGACCUGAGUCAUUUUCUUUCAAAAUAAAAGCUUCAGCAUUAUUUAUCUCACCAGAACCCAUCAGAACCAAAACGGUCCGGUUUGUAUUGGGCUGAAUUUCCUCCUAAAUCUGGACUCUGGCAGAACCGCAGCUUCUUCCUUCCUCCUGCCAAAAACAGUAAAACAGGAAGCGGUGGCGGGCGGGCGGGUUACACACUCUGAGUCAGAACCUCGGUCCGGUCCACUGAGUCACGGUCCGGGUCUCCAGCUGGUUCUGCUGGUCCGGAUCCGUCAGCCAUGACUCACGACUUUCCUCUUCCUGUCGGCUCCUGAAUGUCUUCCAGGUUUCUGCUGAUCCAGAACCAGAACCAGAACCAGGUUCUUUAUGGAGCCAUUAAACAGUUUAUUGAAAUAAGUUCCAGUCUGUCGGUUGAAAUCUGUUUUAUUCAGUGAAUUUACAGUUUCUUCAUCAGAUGAUCCUUGUUCAUGAAAG